AUGAUUAGGAGCAGAGCAUUGUUGUUGAUGCUGGUGAUGGAAGGGCUGCAAGGUGCAGAAGAUGGGUUCAAGUCCCAGAUCAUUGGGGGCCAUGAGUCAGUGCCCCAUUCCCACCCCUAUAUGGCCUCAUUAAAGAAGAACGGGAAACAUAUCUGUGGAGGUGUUCUGAUCCACAAGCAGUGGGUGCUCACAGCUGCCCAUUGCCUGCCUAAGAGAACAGAAUGGCUUCGAGUUGUGCUGGCUCUACAUCAGCUCCAGGGACCUGGUGUGGUCUUUGGCAUCAAGAAAGCAAUCCCCCACCCAGGCUAUGAUGAGAAAAGCUUGGAGAACGACAUCAUGCUCCUUCAGCUGGACAGAAAAGUAAAACUGAACUCGACUGUGCAGCCAGUUUCCCUGCCCAGAAAUCUGUUUGUGAAGCCACUGCAGCCUGGGACAAAAUGCAUCGUGGCUGGCUGGGGCCAGCUGCGCCAGGACGGACAGUUAGCCCCGACCCUUCAGGAGCUGAAUGUGGAGGUGUUGGACGGUCGCAUGUGUAACAACAGCCGCUUCUGGCACGGGAGGAUCACACCCAAGAUGCUCUGUGUGGCUGGGAUCCAAAAGGGUUCCGGACCCUGCAAGGGAGACUCAGGGAGCCCCUUGAUCUGUAACAGAGAGAAGGUUUAUGGGAUCAUCUCCUUUGGCUCCAAAGGAAAAUGUGUGGAUGUCUUCAAACCCCCUGUGGUGACUGCAGUGGUUUCCUACCUUUCUUGGAUCAAGAAAAUUAUUUCCUGAGAUCACCUAAUCCUGCCUGCCUCUUCUCUACCAGCCCACAGGCUCCCUUUAUCUGGAAUGCUAUUCCCUAGUCUGUGCCUAAUUAAACCUUCCAUUCCUUUAAGACCCCAGCUCUCUCCCACCCUCCUUAAACUCCUCUUCCUCCAAAAAGUCUUCCAAGAUCCUCCCUGCCUGGAGUGAUAUCUCCCUCAGCCAGAGCACCCUCAUAUUCACUCACCCCCUCCCACACCCCUUUGUGGCUUGCCUCAAACCUCUAAUUUGUUUUUUGGCUCUUUCCUGGCUCCUGGCUCAUUUCAGAGUGACCUAUCUCUUAAUGAAAUAAUA